CGGGUUGAAAGCAACCUUCAGUCUCACCGUACUUUACGUUCUUCUGGUGCUCUUCCACCAUCGUUGAUCGUAGCUCUAUACACCCCGGAAGUGGUAUUUGUUCAGACGAAGUUCCCUGGCAUCGGUCCCGACGAAGCAUGGAUGGCCGUUCGCGCGAACAGUUCCGCAGAGGUUUCUCCAUUAGUCACCAAAAGGUUGUUUUGGAGAUUGAUUUCUCGGGGAGUCUUUGGGGAUACACAGAAAUCACUAUUGUUCCAACGAGUAGUGAACUGAAGACUAUAUAUCUCAAUUCUCGACAGUGUACUAUUCAUUCCGUGACUGUUGGAUCCUACGACGCGGAAUUCGCAUGCUCCGACCUUUUCUCAAAUAUCAACCUUGGAUCUUCUCCAAAUGAUGCUCAAGAUUGCCAUCGGCACCUAGAGCUGAAGAGGAAGCUCUAUUCCGCAUUUCAAGAAGGCGAUGAUGGGGAGUUGGCAAUUGGCAUCCCUAAGGACGUUUCGCUGAAGUAUUCGGGGAGUCUCGCAUCGAUUGGCUUGCCUAGUGACGCUGCAACUCCCGACCCGCAGACGCCAGGCGUGUCUCAAGCGCAGAAUGGUCACACCGCUCCAGAGUUUUCUCCUAUCGUUGUCAAGAUCUCGUACAGUCUUCGUAACCCAGUCGAUGGCUUUGAGUUCGUCCUUCCCGACGAUUCUCAUCCAUAUCGCGUACCUCACGCGUACACAACUCCAUCAUGUCCCGACGCUUCCAGAUGCUGGGUUCCGUGUGUUGAUAGUAUGAAUGAGAAAUGUACAUGGGAGUUUGAGUUUGUCGUUCCUCGCUAUUUGGAGGAGUCCGACUUUCUUCAGGACGAGGAGGUAAAUGAAUUGUCACCGACGCUUGUGAUUUGUAGUGGCGAGCUAGUGGAACAGGUAGCGCAUCCAUACAACUCGAACAAAACUAUAUUCAUCUUCUCGCAAGCCGUUCUUACGUCAGUUCAGCACAUUGCUUUUGCAGCAGGACCUUUCCACAUCCUUACCAUACCACCUGAGGGCAUGUCUGAUGACGCCACGACCACCUCACAGCAACCAGGGAUGUACGCCUUCUGUCUUCCUGGGCAGGAAUCGUACCUCUCGAUUUCAACUUCUGCUCUCCGCUCCGCGAUGACUUUCUAUGCAACCGAGUUUGGCUCAUACCCAUUCGGUUCGUACAAAGUUGUAUUUGUCGACGAACUUCCAGUCGAAAGAUUUGAUAGCUCUACGCUUUCUCUUGUGACCGUCGAUCUGCUGCAUGGGGAUGACGCGAUAGAGCAGGCCAUUGAAAUCAGGCAAAUCCUCAGCCAUGCUUUAGCUUGCCAGUGGGCUGGCAUAAACAUCCAACCGAAAACUUGGUCUGAUAUCUGGCUAGUAAAUGGUUUAGCGCUUUACAUCAAUGGGCUAUUCCUACGCAAGUUUUUUGGCAACAAUGAGUAUCGCUUCCGGCUCAAGAAAGAUAUGUAUCGCGUUUUGGAGCGAGACAACGGUACAAUGCCGCCAAUCUGCCAGCCGCAGGUCCUUGAUCCUCCCGAUUCCACCGUCCUCCCUUUCAUUAACCUAAAGGCACCUCUGAUUCUCCAUAUAUUGGAUCGACGGCUUGGGAAGUCCGGGACUUCCCUGGGUCUGAGCCGUGUCCUUCCCAAGGUAUUUCUAUCAGCUAUUAGUGGAGAAAUGCCGAACAAUAUGCUGUCUACACAUGCGUUUUUGAGGACUUGUAGAAAAGUCAGUGGGGUAGAUUUGCGAGGCUUUGCCGAGCAAUGGAUUUAUGGGAGCGGCUGUCCUGCGUUCGGGGUGUCUGCGUCUUUCAACCGAAAGAAGAUGGCGGUUGAGAUUACCAUGCGACAAGAAAGCCCUGCGUAUAAAGUUCAUGAGAAUAGCGAAGUGCAUAAGCAAAUGCUCAAACCUGUACCGUUCUUCGAGGGUACGAUGACAAUAAGGAUUCAUGAAGCCGACGGGACGCCUUACGAACAUGUUCUUGACAUCCGGUCUCCUUUCAAGCGGUACGAAGUACCUUUCAAUACCAAAUAUAAACGUGUCCGCCGCAAUACAAAACGGUAUCUUGCCCGUCAGGCUGCUGCACAAGCUGCUGCUGAGGGUGAUACGGAAGCGGCUGAGGCCAUGGGUAUGGUCGAUAUGGGCUUCGGUUUGGAUAUCUGGGAGAAAGAGAAAGAGCGGGAGAACUGGAAGGUGGCUGACUGGACGGAGGAAGAUGAGGGAUUGAUGAGCGGAGCGACAUAUGAGUGGAUUCGGAUGGACGCCGAUUUCGAAUGGAUUGCGAAUUUGAAUUUUGAACAACCUGAUUUUAUGUGGGUGUCUCAGCUGCAGAGGGAUAGAGAUGUUGUUGCCCAAUUAGAGGCCGUGCAUGCUCUUGCAAAACAACCUACAGCGAUAGUUUCUAGCACUCUUACCAAGACUGUGUUAGUAUCCAACUAUCAUUAUCGGAUUCGGACAGAAGCCGCGAGUGCCCUGGUUAAUUGCGCCAUCCGUCGACUCGAUUUCCUCGGUCUGUUCCACCUAUUCAAACUCUUCCUACGAUAUUGCUACGAACCAGAAGAUUCAAAUCAAGACUUAUUUAGUCAUACUUAUGUUCCAAAGCCGAACGAUUUUUCAGACCUGUCAGAAUACUUUGUCCGCAAGACACUCGUAACAGCGAUCUCAAGAAUUCGGUUCGAAAAUGGCAAAUCACCGUCCGUAGUGCGACAAUUCUUGAUUGAUCAACUCAAAUACAAUGACAACACUGUAAAUCCGUACUCUGAUGGGUUUUAUAUUUGUACCAUCAUAUCUGCAGCAGCCUGUGCCACGAUAUCAAUGGCAGCUCCUGAGCGUGGCGAGCUUUUACCGACGGAAGUCCGAUCAGAACAUAAUGCAGAAGACCAGCAGCUUCUCAAGGGAAUUGUUGCUGAAGUUGAUAGGUAUCGCAGUAUGGACAGGCUGAUCCCCUCCGCCCACAACAUCGUCACCAUAGCGGCUUUGGAGUUUUAUAUGGUUCUCGGUGUUGCCAAUCUCAUCCCAAGUUAUCAGGCAGUCUUCUUCCUUACUGCUAGAGAUGGAAACUAUACGCCUGUGCGGAUUGCCGCCUUCGACGGACUCUUUCUCACUAAGUGGUAUACUCCUGCCAUCAUGCGCUACGUCCUCGCCGUUAUGGCUAACGAUCCAUCGCGAAUUGUCCGGAGAUAUGUUGCCCGGAAUGCGUGCUAUAGCUUGGCUCUCCUCGUGCAAAUGGGUGAGCUGAAGUCGGGUUCCAAGGACUCGGACGCGUUGCUCAUCGAAGAAGAUGGCAAUAAUCCUGAGAAAACUAAGGAGUCGAAGAAGAGUGAAAUGGAUGCUAUGAUCAAAGUCCUCAGAAAGGAUCGGGAAGUAGGCAAGAAUGAAGUCCUCAGGGAGUUCUUGAUGGCUACUGCACUUGCUCCCGAUGUUGAUCAUGAGGUUCGCUGGUGCAUCCUCAAACUAGCUGACCUUCUCAUUCGUCCAGUGGACGAAGUGCCCCCGAAGCUCUCGCUACAUCUACCACCCAAGACCCCAAUCACCGAAACCCCGCCACCGCUUCCUGUCACCAAAGUCUCCAUUAAGCCUCAACGAAAAGCAAGCGUGGUGGCCAACUUAAAGAGCCCACUUUCUACCUUCCACGUGCCACCAAAGCUCAAGUUAUCCAACGGUGGAUCGACUCGAGAUGUUACUCCUAAGCCUCUUCCUCUUCCCCCUCCUCCUCAAAGCACUACUCCGGUGUUGUCCUCCAAGAAAUCCAGCCCCUCUGUCGUUUCACCUUCUCCCGCUAAAGGAAAGCCGAAAGGAAGACCGCCUAACAAGAACCCGAAGCGGACACAGGUCCCGAAAGCUCAUUCAAGCGGCAUGAGCUUGGCUGACCUCACAGCUACACGGAACGCUUUGAAGAAAAUAAGGGACCAUAAGCACGCCAGAUGGUUUCUACAGCCUGUGGACCCCGUUCGAGACAAGGCGUUGAAUUACUUUGAUAUCAUUAAGGAGCCUAUGGAUCUUGGUACUAUGGGUGCACGAUUGGAAGCAGGACUGUACAAGGAUAGAUUUGCCUUCAGGGAUGAUUUCCGCGUAAUGAUCGCUAACGCCAAGCAUUACAACAUGCCUGGUAGCCCUGUGCACGAUGCAGCUAUUGCACUUGAGGUAGCAUUUGAGAAGCUAUGGUCUAUCAUGAGCAAAACACUUGAAGCAGCAGACAACAAAGCCCAAGCUGCUGCUGCUGCUGCCGCUGCCUCCGCCGCCGCUGUCGUGCCACCACUCCCCAAAUCCAGACCUCCAGUUCCUACUCCUACAUUUACACCGCCACCGCUGACACCAGGUGUCGGAGAUCAUGCUCCUCGUAGUGCUACUCCAGCUGCUGAAGGUGCUGCAAGACCAAUGAUUAAGCUACGAAUGGGAGCGCAGCCCAAACCUGAGGAGCCUCCGAAGCGGCGUAUUAUGAAGGUCAAAGCACCACAGGCUGCCGAAAUCGAUGCCCCACCUCCGCCCUAUAUCGAUGACGGGUCGGCUGAUAUUCUAGCGGAAGUACUAGCUAUCGAGCGUGAGAAGGAUGAGCAGAAACAGCGCUCGGCACAAGCAAAAUCUGCUAUAAACGGGGCUCCUGCCAAGCGCAAGGCGUUGAGCAACGAGGCUGACGACAUCCUAGCUUUGGCGUCUCCGUCAAAGAAAGAAAAGUCUGCACCUAUUGUUGCUACUCCGACGCCGUCUGGAUCCUCUUUGACAAGAAUUGUUGUUCCUGCUGUCUCUCAAAAGCCUGUUCCAACCAAAUCCAAGAAAGACAAAACAGAGACUCCCGGUGCUCCUCGACCGUCAGUGAAAGGAAAAGAAAAGGAAGUCCUUCCGUUACCAGAAACUCCAUCGUCGAAAGCCAAACGCUCAGUUGGGGACCAGGCAGCCACUCCUAUGAACCAGAAGAAAGUUAAGGCAUUAUUGACGGCAAUCAAACUCCUUCCGGAAGCCCGUAUAUUCAACAGACCCGUAGAUCCCGUUCUGGAUGGAUGUCCAAGCUAUUUCGAUGAGAUUUCUCAACCCAUGGACUUUGGCACAAUGUCGGAGAAACUCACACAGAAUCAAUAUCAGACCAUGGAGGAGUUCCGAGCCGAUUUCGAACUGAUUAUUGCCAACUGUCGUCAGUUCAAUCCUGCCAAAACCUAUCCUCAUGAUUGCGCAGCCGUUCUGGAGAAAUAUUUCCGAAAAGAGUGGCCCAAACUCGUGGAGCGAAAGCUGACAUUCGCUGAGAAACGAGGACUUCUUGGAGUGAUGACAAGCAUAGUGAAAGAUAAUGUUUCCUGGAUCUUUCGAGAACCCGUCGAUCCUGAAUUACUUGGUAUUCCGACAUACUUCCAAGUCAUACCUCGCAAGGAUGCUCGGGACUUAAGGACCAUCAGAACCAAGCUUGAGAGUGAUAAGUAUGAAAGCGUUGAGGCUUUCCAGGCUGACAUCUCCUUGAUGAUAAAUAACGCCAUUACCUUCAACGGCAUGGAUUCCGAAGUCGGUCCGUUGGCAAUCGCUUGUCGCGAUAAGAUUCAAAGUUUGAUAAACGCUUGGAGGUUGUCACAGGACAAGAAGAGAAAGGACGUUGAGAAGGGGAACUCCCAGCCAAGUAAGAAAACUAAGCUCAGUUAGAUUGUAUUAUUACAGGAUUAUGUGUAUCGUACUGUCUGGCAUGCUAGAGCUGAUUUAGAUCAAUUGCACCAUUCACAUACAUUGAAACUAUAGAAACGC